AUGUCGUCAUUGAGAACUGCAUUUACGAUGCCUGUUCAGUCGGCCUCCCUGUCCUCCUCGGUGCCUGUGGUCAAGCCCAACACUGCGCAGCUUCGACCGCGCCUGCCCAUCGAAGCGACAUUUAUCAGCAUGACGAUCGAUCACCCCAAAGCCGCAAGCAAUGGCCUGCUCCUUCCGCCACUGUCUGCUUCUGCCCACCCUGCUGAGGUCGCUCCACCGGCGGAAGGCAGGACGGCGAUGGAGCUGGUCGAGGCUGGUGCGGCGGUCGAGGGGGACAACGAAGGGAUGGCGGUGGAAGGCGGGUGGGGCGGGUGGAGGGUGGUGGCGUGCGCAUCUGUCUACUUCUUCUUCACUCUUGGGUUGGUGUACUCAUUUGGUAUAAUUCAAGAGGAGCUCGUAUCGGGCGGUGCUUCGGAUGCUGCGACGCUGGGGUGGAUCUCGUCGCUGACGGUCAUCCCCGUGCCCGUGCUGUCGGUGCCGAUGACCAAGGCGGUGGCUCGCUUUGGCAAUCGUGCCGUGGCAGCGGCGGGCGCCGUCUGCGUCUCUGCCGGCUACGCGGGACUGUCUACCUCGUGGUAUCCGACCAACCAUCCGAAGCAUCCGCUGAGCGAUCGAGUGCAGCAGGGACUGGCGCUGAGGAUGGUCCCGUUGGUGGUGUUCACGCUGUUGCAAGGGGCAGGCUAUGGACUUGUCUUCUUUUCCACGAGCCAGAUCGCGGUGGGCUACUUUAAAAAGAAGCGCGGACUGGUGAUUGGCAUCGUCUACAGCAUGAGUGGGUUCGGCGGUGCUGUCAUCGCCAUCCUGGUGCGAGCGUUGGCCAACAAGGUGGGGCUCGCCUGGUCGACGAGAAUCCUGGGGAGCAUCGCGGGAAUCACCAUGCUGCCGCUCGCAUACUGGCUGGUGCCGCAUCAGGACGAGAGGAGGAAACGAUGCGUGGAAGCCUUUCGACUCUCUCUGUUUCUCGAUGCGCGUUUCAACCUGUUGCUCUUUGCCACGGCGCUGGGCACGUUCCCGCUGUUUGUCCCACCGUUCUUGCUCCCGACGUAUGCAAAGUCGGCUGGAUUCAGCCCGAACACGGGUGCAUGGCUCGUGGCGGGCUACAGUCUGGCUUCGGCGAUCGGACGAGUGGCGUUCGGGAUGGUGGCGGAUACUCGAGUCGGCCCGGUGACGAGUCUGAUGCUGGCACUGCUGGUGUCGAGCAUGAGCAUUAUGGCCAUUUGGACUGCUUCGACGAGCCUGGCGACGCUCGUACUUGCUAUGGUGCUCAAUGGAGCCAGCUCGGGCGCUCUGCUUUCGCUGCAACCGCCCGUCAACGCCGCCAUCUUUGGGGUGCAUCAGACCGCCCUCACAAUGUCGAUGAUGAUGUGCUCGCGAGCAUUCGGCUCUCUGCUUGGCGGACCGUUGAGUGGAUACCUGCUGGAUGCAAGCGGCGGUCCGAAUGCAGGCACACAGGCUUACCGUCCAGCUCUGCUUCUGAUGGGCAGCAUCUGCCUGGUUGCAGCCAUCAGCGUCGUCUUGCUACGAGACAAGGUGGCCAAACGUCGCAACGUCGACUGGCGUGCUCGCAUCUGA